GAACCAAGUCAAGUUCGGAGCACAUCAGGAAGGAGCGCACCGGCAGAGCCAGACAGAGAGCACCGGAGGAGACAGGCACAUGUGUUCACGCCUAUUUCUACACUGUGUUUUUUAUUAACUAUAAGUGGGAUUCCUCAAGAAAGUGAAGUGGAUCCAAAUGACAGAGGGGGGAGAUGCAGUCAGCGGACAGAUGGAGUUUGCUGCUUCUUCUCCUGGGUUUGAUAACUCAAGACUGCUUCUCAUCCAAGGCAGAGGACCGUCUGUUCAGGAAGCUCUUCAGAAGAUACAACCAGUUCAUCAGGCCGGUGGAGAAUGUAUCUGACCCUGUCACUGUGGAAUUUGAGGUCUCCAUCUCACAGCUGGUCAAAGUUGAUGAGGUGAACCAGAUCAUGGAAACAAAUUUGUGGCUUAGACACAUUUGGAAUGACUACAAGCUGCGAUGGACGCCGGCAGAGUUUGAUGGCAUUGAAUUCAUUAGAGUUCCAUCAAACAAGAUCUGGAGACCCGACAUUGUCCUAUACAACAACGCUGUAGGUGACUUCCUGGUGGAGGAUAAGACCAAGGCUCUGCUGAAGUUUGAUGGCACCAUCACCUGGAUUCCUCCAGCUAUUUUCAAAUCCUCCUGCCCCAUGGACAUCACUUACUUCCCCUUUGACUACCAGAACUGCUCCAUGAAGUUUGGCUCCUGGACUUAUGACAAAGCCAAGAUAGACCUGGUACUUAUUGGAUCCAAGGUGAACCUGAAAGACUUCUGGGAGAGUGGCGAGUGGGAAAUCAUUGAUGCUCCUGGCUACAAGCAUGACAUCAAGUACAACUGCUGUGAGGAGAUCUACCCAGACAUCACCUACUCCUUCUACAUCCGGCGUCUGCCACUCUUCUACACCAUUAACCUCAUCAUCCCCUGCCUCCUCAUCUCUUUCCUCACAGUGCUGGUUUUCUAUCUCCCUUCUGAUUGUGGAGAGAAGGUCACGCUCUGUAUCUCCGUCCUGCUCUCCCUCACUGUGUUCCUGCUUGUUAUCACAGAAACCAUCCCCUCCACGUCGCUGGUCAUCCCGCUCAUUGGAGAGUACCUGCUCUUUACAAUGAUCUUCGUCACACUCAGCAUCGUCAUUACUGUCUUUGUGCUCAAUGUACAUUACCGCACGCCCAUGACCCACACUAUGCCGGGCUGGGUGCGCUCUGUGUUUCUCAAAGUGCUGCCAAGGAUUAUGCUGAUGCGGAGGCCGAUUGACGAAGACGGCAUGGCUGGGGGGUUGGACAGCAGUGGGGAGGCAGGAGGAGCUGGAGGGGGAGGAGGAGGCGGAGGAGGAAAAGGAGGGAAGAAGAGGAAGAAUAGUUUAAUGCAGCAGGUCGGAGGUGGCUCGCUCAGCUGCCUGGAGUUUGGUGACAGCAAGCUCUCUGUAACGGAGGGCUGUACCGGGAAGAAGUGUCCUUGCCCCUGCCAGCAUGGGAAGGAAACCCCUGACACACCAGACACAGGGAAGAUGAGCCGUCAGCUGAGUCUGCAGAGCAUCAACACAGUGGUGGCCUUUUCUGUAGUGUCACCUGAGAUCAAACAGGCCAUCGAGAGCGUCAAGUACAUCGCUGAGAACAUGAGGAGCCGCAACAAGGCCAAAGAGGUGGAGGAUGACUGGAAAUACGUUGCCAUGGUGAUUGAUAGAAUCUUCCUUUGGGUCUUUGUGACCGUGUGUGUCCUCGGAACCGUGGGCCUUUUCCUCCAGCCUCUUUUUGGCUUCUUCUCUUAACUGCUAACAAUCGACCAGUCCUGAAAGUGAGCUUUCAGUCUGAUCAGAAGACGGACUUUAAGCGUUUUAAAGCACAAUUUGCUGUACUGGUUUUGCUCCUUUGUUUCUUCAUUUUU